AUGCUGCUGCUGCUGUUUUCCGUCUUGGUGGCCGGCGCUGCUGGGUGUGGGCAGCCAGCCUACUCUGCCCACAGCCGAGUGGUGAACGGCGAAGACGCUGCGCCUUACAGCUGGCCCUGGCAGAUCUCCCUCCAGUACGAGAGAGAUGGGGUCUUCCGUCACACCUGUGGAGGGUCCCUCAUUACCCCCGACUGGGUCAUGACAGCUGCCCACUGCAUCUCGUCAUCCCGUAAGUAUAAGGUGGUGCUGGGGGAUUACGACCUCACAGCCAAGGAAGUGCCUGAGCAACACGUCCCCAUCAAUCCCGAAGACAUUUUCGUGAAUCCCAGCUGGAAACCCGGUUGUGUGUCUUGCGGCAACGACAUCGCCCUGCUGAAACUUUCCCAGCCGGCGGAACUCAACGACAAAGUCAGCCUGGGAUGCAUUCCCGAGCCAGAGACCGUCCUGCCCAAUGGAUACCCUUGCUACAUCACCGGCUGGGGACGUAUUUCCACUGGAGGGCCUCUGUCCACCAAGCUGCAGCAGGCUCUCCUGCCCGUGGUGGACUAUGACCACUGCAGGAAGCCCGAUUGGUGGGGCGGCUCCGUCCGGCCGAGCAUGGUCUGCGCUGGGGGAGACAUCCAAUCCGGCUGCAACGGUGACUCCGGCGGCCCCCUCAACUGCCAGGGCAAGGACGGCCGGUGGUACGUCCACGGGAUCGCCAGCUUCGUGUCCGCUUUGGGCUGCAACACUUUGAAGAAGCCCACCGUCUUCACCCGGGUCUCUGCCUUCGACAGUUGGAUCCUGAAGACACUCAAAGGGCAGUGAGGAGGAGAACAAGCCAGCUUUCUAGGUCCAGAAUAAAAUCCCUUUGGAGAUGC